AAGAUAUUCUCUUGUAAGUCAACCUGAGUAAGUCAAGCAGUUCUUUUCCGCGAAACCAAACACUAAAUUGAAAAUAUUAAAAGAAAGGAAAAGAAAAUCAAUUAAUUUGUCACAUUAAAUUUUCCACAAAAUCUCAGUUUUCUGAUUGUUCUUCCUCUGUCUUUACCACAUACGACUAUAUUGCAAUAAAACAAAACAAACAAACCCAUCUUGCCUGUCGCCAAUUCAAAGCUGUCAUCUUUCUCCCUGUAAGCAUGGAGCUUCUCGAACCCGUGCACCCGACCCGUGAUUCACUUUCUGGGUUUUCUUCUCCUGGAAGUUUCCGGGUUGGGUAUGACCGGGCGAGGAGUUCCCACUUGCCGGGUAUUGUGGAAGAAGGUGGUGGUGAGAAAGUGUAUGUAGCUGUGGGGAAAUCUGUUGAGAAAGCUGUGGAUUUGCUUCAAUGGAGUAUUAAACUCUUUGGGAAGAAACAAAUCUGUAUUCUUCACGUUCACCAGCCCUCUUCUGUUAUACCAACUCUAUUGGGAAAACUACCCGCAAGUCAAGCAAAUGCUGAAGUAGUUUCAGCACAUAGACGGGAGGAAAGGGAAUUGACAAAGAAACUUUUAGAGAAUUGCUUGGCCAUCUGUCACAAAGCCAAGGUUGAAGCAAGUAUCAUUACAACUGAAUGCGAGCAAGUUCAUAAGGGAAUAGUAGAAUUGAUAAAUAGACAUGGUGCUAGGAAAUUAAUUAUGGGUGCUGUACCAGAAAGUUGCAUGAAGGUGAAGAAGAGCAACAAUAAAGCGAAUAGUGUAGCCAAAGAUGCUCCACUAUUCUGUGAAAUAUGGUUUAUCAACAAAGGGAAACAUGUGUGGACAAGAGAAGCUUGUGAAAGGCCAAGUCUUUUGCCACCAUCUGAUCACUCGCUGGGUGCAAGUAACGAAACUUUAAGGUCUAAAUCUUUGCGGUAUAGUAAGAGCAUAUUGCCAUUUGACCCAGAAUAUCAUCGAUCUAGUUCAACAGCAGGUGUAAGUUGUGCUCGAAUUAGUGGUUGGGUACAAAGUGAGUCAACCUGUCCAGAAGAGCCAAUAUUGCAUGCUAGAUCAAGUUCUGCUAAUACAUGUUUUCCCCGCUCUAUCCAGAAUUCAUUUGGUACUAUAAGUAGUAGCUCUGGGACUUCCACAGAAAGAAGGGUGUCUUUAGAUUCUGAUUCAAAGGUUGAGGAAGAUCACUUAUAUUGUCAGCUUGCAGAAUUAAGGAUAGAAGCAGAAGCAUCAAGGAAAAAAGCAUUUGAAGAGCUACUGAGGCGUAAAAAAUUGGAAUCCCAAAUUUUGCAAGUUAUCAGCAAGGUCAAAGCCUUCGAUUCUGCAUAUGCAAAUGAAGUUAAACGUGGAGUAGAAGCUGAAGAUGCACUGAGGAAUAUAAUAGAGGAAGAAGAAAAACUCUUAAAUGAGAAAGAAGAAAUAACUAAAGAGUUACAAAGGACUAUGAGAAAUGUUGCUCUUCUAGACAAUCGUGCACAGGAAGCAAACCGUAGACAGGAUGAAGCUGCUGGAGAAUUGAAACUUAUUCAAACUUCCAUUGCAUCUCUACGACAGGAAAAGCAGAGAAUCCGACGGCAGAAAAUGGAAGCUGUGCAUUGGCUUGAGCGUUGGAAAAACCGUGGGCAUGUUGCAGCUCCAAACUGUAAUGAGUUUCUUGGUUUAGUUGAAGAGUUGCCUGAGUUGGCAGAAUUUUCAUUAUCUGAUUUACAAACUGCGACAUGCAAUUUCUCUGAAACCUUCAAACUCAGGCAGGGAGGAUAUGGUUGCAUUUACAAGGGUGAAAUGUUGGGUAGAACUGUUGCUAUAAAGAAGCUGCAUCCACAUAACACGCAAGGCCAAUCAGAGUUUCAAAAGGAGGUCCAAGUUCUUGGUAAAUUACAACACCCUCAUUUAGUGACUGUACUUGGUGCGUGCUCAGAAGCAGGGUCUCUUGUAUAUGAGUACUUGCCCAAUGGAAGCCUUCAUGACGGCCUAUUUAGGAGAAGCAGCAUUUCGCCCUUGACAUGGAAGGUGCGAGCACGGAUCAUAGCUGAAGUCUCAAGUGCACUUUGCUUCUUGCACUCUUCUAAACCUGAAAAGAUUGUCCAUGGUGAUCUAAAACCACAAAAUAUCCUACUUGAUUCUGAACUGAGCUGCAAAAUAUGCGAGUUUGGAAUGUCCAGGCUGGUAACAGAUGAUACGCUUUAUUCGCCAAGUUUUCGCAGAGGCACUGAGCCAAAGAGUGCUUUUCCAUACACAGAUCCAGAGUUCCAUAGAGUUGGUGUUCUAACAACCAAGUCCGAUGUCUAUUCCUUUGGAGUGAUCAUUCUACAGCUACUCACUGGAAGACCUCCUGUUGGGUUGGUAGGUGAGGUGCGUAGAAUGAUGUCAUGCGGGAAAUUAGCCUCAAUUUUGGAUCCUGCAGCAGGAGAAUGGCCAACUUUUGUGUCAAGAAGAUUGGUAGACUUGGGGCUACAGUUCUGUGAAUUGAGCAGCAGGGAGAGACCUGAGUUGACACCUGCUCUGGUUCGGGAAUUGGAGCAGUUGCAUGUGUCAGAAGAGCGACCAGUGCCAUCAUUCUUCUUGUGCCCCAUUCUUCAGGAAAUAAUGCAUGAUCCUCAAGUGGCAGCUGAUGGAUUCACCUAUGAGGGUGAAGCCUUGCGCGGAUGGUUGGAAAAUGGCCAUGAAACAUCUCCAAUGACUAAUUUGAAGCUGAGUCACUUGAAUCUUACUCCCAACCAUGCGCUCCGUCUCGCAAUUCAGGACUGGCUUUGCAAAUCUUAACAAAUCCAAAUUGAUUCAUGUAUAUGUAUGUAUUACAUUGUUGUUAAUCAUGUAUGUAUAGAUAUGAAUUCAAGCCAUCUCUGCUUAAUCUUUGUAUAUAAAACAAACUACAGGAAGUGGCUUUUCUACCACGUUAUGUAAAAGUUCAUGAAUACAAGCCUUGUCUUAGUAUA